AUGUCUUCUAUUCCAGCCACCCAGAAGGGAGUUCUAGUCUCCAAGAUAGGAGGACCCGAGGUUCUCGAAUAUAGAACAGACUUGCCUGUCCCUUCACCAAAAGAAGGAGAAGUCCUUGUUAAAAACAGUCUAACGGCCAUCAACCUUAUCGACACGUAUUUCAGAAAGGGUGUAUAUGAAUCUGUUAAGCCUGAGAUUCUGGGCAAAGAAGGCGCCGGCACGAUAGUUGCUUUGGGCCCUGGUGCAAACCCAUACAACUUCGCCGUUGGUGACCGGGUAGCAUGGAUAGGAGGCGGAGGAUAUGCAGAAUACAGCACUCCACCAGCCUAUAGAGUAGCGAAAAUCCCCAACGGAAUCUCUGACGAGAGAGUUUUGGCCGUGUUGUUGACUGGUGCAACAUGUCUGUCUUUCAUCAGGGAGGCAUACGAGGUUAAGAAGGGCGAUUGGAUUCUUCUCCAUGCCGCUGCCGGUGGAGCGGGAAUUAUCAUGACUCAAUUGCUGAAACUGGCCGGCGCCAAAGUUAUCGGCACAGCGGGAGGGCCUGAAAAGGUCGAGCUCGUCAAGAGCUUAGGAGCAGACGUGGUGAUCGACUACAAAAGCUCGGAAGGGUCCAACUGGCUGGAGAAGGUGAAGGAGGUUACUGGUGGUGAGGGAGUGGAUGCGGUUUACGAUUCAGUGGGCAAAGAUACAUGGGAGGAUAGUCUCAAGGCUGUCAAGAGAAAGGGAUCAGUUGUUUUCUUUGGAAACUCCAGUGGUGUUGUACCGCCAUUCCCCAUCUCGAUCCUCGGAGCAAAGAAUGUUAAGAUAUGCCGUCCUACGCUCUUUAAUUAUAUCUAUACGCGAGAAGAGUUUGACCUCUACAUGACCGAGCUCUUCCAGCUGCUCGAGGCUGAUAAACUGAAAACGAGCAUCUAUAAGAUAUACCCCUUGGAAGAUAUCCAACAGGCGCACAAGGUUAGUCCGGUCCCCGUAUUACCAUUCGAACCCUUGUGA